AUGAAUUAAGACAUUUAUAUCCAAAAACAAUGGUUCAUAAAGACUCGAGAGGGAAAGUUUGAUGAUUAUUACGUUUUAGACAAUAAAGUUUAUGUUCACAUCAUCAAUGUAGGAACUCUCUUCUGGUUCAUUUGGAAAGGUUUUUUAAGCUAAACCCAAACUUUUGAAGAAUGAUCCUAUGAGAGCCGUGAAAGUCAUUCCAAAACGAUUGAUUGAAAAUAAAGAUAGAUUUCUUUAAGAAGUAGAAAUUCUUAGGAAUCUUGAUCAUCCUAAUAUUAUUAAACUUUAUGAGACAUUCGAAGAUAUUAGAAAUAUUUAUUUAGUCAUGGAGUAUUAUUUAUUUUUAAACAUUCAUAAUUUAGACUUUGUACAGGUGGAGAAUUAUUUGAUUAAAUUGUCACUCAUGGUUAAUUAAGUGAAAGGGAUGCUUAAUAAGUCUUUAUUUAAAUUAUGAGAGCAAUUUCAUAUUGUCAUAGUAAAGGAAUUGCACAUAGAGAUUUAAAACCAGAGAAUUUCUUAUUUUAUGAUGACAAACCAGGAAGUCUUUUAAAAGUUAUUGAUUUUGGUUUGUCUCGUGUAUUUAGAUAACAAGGAUAAUCAUAAAAAUAAAUGAUGAAAAGUAGAACUGGCUCAGUAAUUAUUCUUAUGCAUUAUUAUUUAUUUUUAGACUUAUUAUAUAAGUCCAGAAGUCUUAGAUGGAUAAUAUGAUGAAUUAUGUGAUGUAUGGUCAGCUGGAGUUAUUUUAUAUAUUUUACUCACUGGUAUACCACCUUUUAAUGGAGAAAGUGAUGGAGAGAUUAUCAAAUAAAUCAAAUUAGGAAAACUUAAUCUAGAUUUACCUGAAUUUUAAACCGUAUCUUAAAGUGCUAAAGAUUUAAUUUAAAAGAUGAUUUGUAAACAUUCUCAUAGAUUAAAUUCUCAAUAAGUCUUAUAACAUGAAUGGUUAUAAAAUCUCAAUCAAAAUGAUUCAAAAUUAUGUCUCAAUUUUGAUUCAUUGAAAUAGUUCACUUAACAAAGUAAAUUAAAAAAAGUAUAAAUUUAUAUAUUAUUUAUUAGAUAGUGCUUGCUUAAAUUGCUUCCUAAGUUAGUUUGAAAGAAAUAGAAGAACUGAGUAAAUUGUUUUAAACAUUGGACAAAGAUGGAAAUGGAUAAUUAAGUUUCGAGGAAUUCAAAAAUGGAUUUAAGGAAAAGAAAAAUGAUUUGUUACAAUACUUUGAAGCUAUUGAUACUAAUUCAUCUGGAUCAAUCGAUUAUAAUGGUUUUGAUAAUUGAUUUUUUAUAACUAUAGAAUUCAUUGCAGCCAUGAUGGAGAGAUCCUUCUAUUUGAAAUAAGAUAAAUUAUUGUAAGCUUUUUAAACUUUUGAUCUAGAUAAUGAUGGAAAAAUCACUCCUUUAGAACUUAAAAAAGUUCUUGGAGGUAUAAUCCAUAUUUCUAUUUUAGAUAAUGAUUAUUAUAAUAAGAUUGAUUCCAAAUUUUGGGAAUCCUUAUUGAAAGAUGGAGACUUCGAUGAAGAUGGUUAAAUUGAUUAUUUAGAAUUUGUUGAAAUGAUGAGUGAUUUAUGA